AUGUCCAUCUCCAAGAUCCGCCAAAACUACCACAGUGAAAGUGAGGCUGGCGUCAACAAGCAGAUCAACCUGGAGCUGUACGCUUCCUACGUCUACCAGCAGCUGGGCUUCCACUUUAACCGUGACGAUGUCGCCCUGCCUGGCUUUGAGAAGUUCUUCAAGGAGUCCAGCGAGGAGGAGCGCGAGCACGCCGAGAAGUUCAUGAAGUUCCAGAACCAGCGUGGCGGUCGCAUCGUCCUCCAGGACAUUCCCAAGCCGAUCAAGCAGGACUGGGCGACGGCGCUGGAGGCGAUGGAGGCGGCCCUGGAGCUGGAGAAGACGGUCAACCAGUCGCUGCUGGACCUGCACUCCAUUGCCUCGAAGCACGAGNGCGACGCCCACCUGGCGGACUUUCUCGAGUCGGAGUACCUGACAGAGCAGGUGGAGGCGAUCAAGAA